UCUCAUUAGCAUGGACAUGUACUGCAUUGUAGAAACUCUUAUUUGAUUUAUGAACUUAAAAACAGGAAAUAACUGAACUUUAUAGCUUCAUACGAUUAGUGUAAGUUCAGCUGUUUGACUACUUAACAUAGCUGAGAGUAUUGAUGGAUUAUCCAACACCGGUCGCUCCUUCAAAGAUUUUUCUGUCGCCAUCGCAAAUCAGCAGAUGCUUCUUAUGCAAAGAAUACCUUUCUGUUGAACCAAUAACAAAAACUCCUGAUUCAGAAUACAUAUGCGGAAGAUGUCACACUCAAUCUGAAGGCAAUAUUGCUGACUGCUACAAUGCUUCAGGUCACCUGUUUCUGCCUUGUAGAUACGACAUCCAAGGUUGUAAGACGUUUAUUAAAUAUGGGGAUGUUUUAUGGCAUGAAAACAGAUGCAGAUUUAAAUCGAUCACAUGCCCUGCGGUUGGAUGUGAUUCAAAAAUUGCUAGGACAAACAUGUUGCUACAUUUUAGGAAAAUGCAUCAAGAGCUUAUCUUGACAACUAGGGAGAUAUCAUUAUCAACACUCAGUAGAUUUGAAAAUAGGCUUUAUGUCCAUGACGAUCAAAUUCUAUUAGUUCAAACAAGAAUCUCAGACACGUUUUUAUAUAUCAGACUUACAAAGGUCCAAGAAAAACAUAUUUACAGUACGAGAUUAUUUUACCGAGUGAAGUUGCUUGACAAAAAUAUACCUGUCCCUUUAUAUGUUUGUAAAGUACCUGUAACUGAAGAUAUGCUCAAGCUCAACUUGAAGCUCCUAGAUGCGCAAGUAUACUUUGACAUUUAUGACAGAAGAUAUGAGAAGUUAACACGCAACUUCACCAGUAUACCUUUGUCUAAGUUGAGGUGUACUAUUUGUCAGUUUUAUACUUUACCAACUUCUUACACAUGUACAAAAAUGCACAUCUUUUGUGAAACAUGUGAACAAAGGCUGCAAAUCUGCAAUAUAUGUCAAACGCCUUUAAAACAAGACAAAGUCUUCUCACUCAAAUAUAUUGGAGCAUUUAUCAGUAUUCCUUGUUGUUAUAGAUAUUUAGGCUGUAAGUUUGGAGGAACGCCACAAGAUGUCAUUAAACACGAGCGAACAUUUCAUGAUUUUAAUCCAACCGAAUAUCAAACCGUUAAUCCUGGUCAAGAGAUCUUGUUAGAUUUGAGCCAUGACAGCUUCGAAGAAACAUAUUAUAGUUAUUGUCAAGGAAUGUCGAUCAAAUUUGUGAUCAAGUAUACAAAAGGUAUUAGAAUGACAACUUGUGUCAUGGUUAAUGAUCAACUAGACGUACGUUUGAAGUAUGACUUGGAACUAUCCACUGAAAGCCGAAAGCUGGAGUUCGAAGGUCAGAUUGUUGGUUUAUGUUUGCAAAAUGGACCGGAAUGCUCAGUUAGUGUGCCUAUGGAAUUACUCAAAGAUAUCAUGGAUAGUUGUGGGGGAGCAAAACUUAUAUUUAGACUGAUUGCAUAUCGCUGACGAAUCAGAACAACAAUACUUAUCACUGCAGUUUAUGCAGUUUACUGUGAUACAGAUAGUUUUUUGUUUA